UUUGAAAUUUCGGAUGUAAUUUUCGAAGAGUGCAGUUUCUUUUACACGAAAAUUGAAGUAACAAUGAAUUUUAAAUCCUUGAAAAUUUAGAAAACAUCAUAAUUAAACCUCAGAUAGACGUGGAGGAACUUGAGCUAAAAAUCUGCGCAAAAUCACCGAUAAUGUUUAAUAAUCUCUGAAUAUAUUGAGCGUUCGGAGAAUUUCGACGAAACUGCAUGACAAUUAGUUGUCCUUACCAACAAUAUUAAUGCAUGGACCUGUUGCUGCGCAGUGAAAAUGCGCAUAGUAUGCUCUAAAUGCUAAUGCAAAAGAAAUAGAAUAGAAUUAGUCACUGAAUCGUUAAAUUUAUCCAAUUUAGGAUGUCGACAUGAGAUCGCCAGAUAGUAAACACGAGGAUCCUUUUAUGGUAUUUUUACCGCGUAACAAUCUCACAUACAUGGAGAUGCAAGAAGUGAUAGAUCAGCAGCGAAGGAUGAUCGAGAGAGAUAUGGAGGACUACGUUUAUCCCCGAGGAAAAUAUGGGAUAAACAUCAGUAAUUUGGAUGAGCUCACUAUGGAAAAAGGUGGAAGACCCAUGAGGAGUGUGAUAGUUGCCACAUGGAGAAGUGGUAGUACAUUUGUCGGUGACGUAAUUAAUGCUCAUCCAGCUAAUUUUUAUCAUUACGAGCCAAUGCUGGACUUUGGUAUCGUGCAAGUAAGGGGACCUCCACUUGCCCAGGAGGCAAUUUAUAAUAUUUAUGCGUUGUUUGAUUGUGAAUACCAUAAACUGGAUAAUUAUUUGAAUUUUGGUAAGUCGCAUCCAUGGGUGUUCAAUCACAAUACUCACUUGUGGAGACAGUGUCAAAAUCACAAAAAAAUCUGCUGGAAUCCAGAGUUUGUGUCAAAGUUCUGUCGAUUAUUUCCAUUCCAGUCGAUGAAACUCGUCAGACUGCGACUCAGUGUCGCUGAGGUACUUCUCGAAGAUAAAAGUCUGGGAAUUCGACUGGUUUUUCUGGUUAGAGAUCCGAGGGGUUUACUGCAGUCAAGGAAACACAGGGAUUGGUGCCCAACCAGUCCAGAUUGCUCGGAGCCAGCUAGAGUUUGUGCUGAUAUGGUAUCAGACUUUGAAUCUGCCGUUAAGUUGACACAAAAGUACCCACGAAAUUUCAAGGUUAUGAGAUAUGAAGACUUGUCCCUAGAUCCAUUUGCUCACGCCAAGGAACUCUACGAAUUCUACGGCCUAGAUUUUCACCCGAAUGUCCAACAUUUCCUCGAGACCCACACGAAGAGUGAUGUAGGAGGUGUCUCUAGUACAUUUAGAAAUUCAAAGGCAGCACCAUUUCACUGGCGAAAUGACUUGGAUUUUGAAGAGGUUCAGGAAAUUCAGAGUGUAUGCUCAAACGCGAUGAGACUGUGGGGUUAUAGAUUUGCCUUCAAUGAUACACAUCAGAAGGAAUUCAACCCCUUGACAGAGUAUCAACUCAUAUUGUGAUCCUUCUCCCUCCACGGCCUUCAUCUCUGCUUGAAUUAAUUCGACAAUGAAGAUGACCAUUUCAAUUAAUCAAGAUCAAUGGAAAGUAGCCGUUAGUUGAAUAAUUAUUGAAGAAUCCGGUGGUUCUGUCGGAGAGAAAUGUCGAAGAGGAUUUUUUCAAUGAAAAUGUUCUCGUUAUAAUUGGAAAAUGAUAAGGUAUUUUUAAUAUGGCAUUUUCGUCAUCCGUAAAUUAUCUUGGAGUAUGAAAAAUUGGAAAAUUAUCGUUUUUGGUUUUGAAUUCGAGACUUAUGCAAUAUUUUUAUUCAAAUUUUUUAACAUCAACGAAUUAUUUUAUGGGAAAUUUUCCUUUCUCUAUAAAGUAUUAUGUAUAAAGAAAAUGGCGUUUUAUUCAAAUAUAGAAUAUAAUUUAUUUGUAUAGAAUGAAAUUGCGUUUUACUCCGUAAGAACAAGUCAAUAGGUUUUGAAUAUUUAUUAGAAUUCUUCUUUACAUUCUUCUAUGAAAAUUGUGGGGUAUAAAUUUUCUAUUCCUUCCAUUGGAAUUUUGUAAUGUAAACCAAAAAAGUUUAAAAAUUCGUGUUCAAUAAUUCCCACACAAAACUCGAAAAAUUCUAUUGGAAUUUUUUA